UCCUGGUUUCGUGCAUUCCUCAAAUCAUUUUGUUGUCGGGAUUUUUCACCGUUAAAGUUCAUCUGGAGGACAGUGAAGGAGACCGUUCACUCCGUAUUACGCACCAACGCUCCUGGUUUCCUCCACAGACUGAGGCAAACUUUUUGUGGAGUAAAAUGCCUUCUGAGGAGGUGUGGUCAGCAGGUGAACCCAGGUUACAUCGCCUCUCCACCUGGUUUGACCCUGAAACUGCUGGGGUGGUGACCAUCCUGCUGGGGCUAUUCCAGGUGGUGCUGUCCGUCCCGCUCGCUUACGCCGAUCUCACUUUGCCAAAACUCUUCAUACUGCCGCUUGUCUUAGGAAUUCUAAUUGUGGCAGGAGGAUCAUUCACCAUGGCCAAUGAGAGGAGCCCCAGCAGACACCUGCUUCAGGGUUGUGCCUGCAGUAAUGUGGUUGGCCUGUUGGGGGCGCUGCUGGCCUUCUGUCUCUACUGCUACAGCCUCAACACUGUGAAGAAUGAAGAGACAUGCACAACUCCCAUUGAAGAUGAGUACAGACGAUCGUAUUACAGGUGUCCCGGGGAAUUGCUGAUGGUCUACUGCUGGAGUGUGACUCUGCUGCUGCUGCUGUACGACACCGGGGCCAUGGUGCUGCACUGUCUCCUGUCUGUCUCCGCCCUCAAAGCACUCAAAACACACUAACACACACACACACACACACACACACACACACACUGACAUCAUGAAGUGUAAUAACAGAUAAGUUCUUCGUCAGCACAUAGACGAGACACAACUAUAUGAAUUAAAUAGUAAAAAAUAUAAGUGAUGAAAUAUUUUAAUCAUUAAUAUUUUGACAUUUCUGAUUGACUGGAUUUUUUCCAAUAAUGGUUGUUAACCAACAACCAAACGAACUUUAAAGAAUGGAUUGUGUUGCGUGAUCAGUGAGGUGUAAGUGAAAUGAUACAAUACACAUGUAUAUUGACAUAUGUUUGCAGAUGUCAGCGUAUUGCAGAUAUAUUGGUAUUGAUAUAUCAGCUGAUAAGUCACAGAACAUGCCAAACCAGGUGUGAGGUCCUUGAGAAACAGCGUCCAUCAGUUUGUCCACUGAUUUUUACACUGUAAAACCUCCCAUAUAUAUGUCUGGUGCACUAUUAAAAAAUAAACAGUUCUCAAAUCUA